GUGUAGGAUCCUCUGGUGGAGCAAAGGAAGGCAGGAAUGAUUCUGGUGUUGGUGUUGGUUGGGGCUCUCCAAAGACGAGGGGGCAAUGGACAAUCUCAAUGGCUCCCACGGAAGAGGAAUAGAGAAGACAACAAUGAAAGUCCGCAAAGUUGGGGGGCUUCUGCAGGUGCCGUAGGAGGGCAUUGGAAGAAUAAGAGAAACCGCCCACCAAGGCCAGCUGAUGAUUCUGGUGCUGGUGUGGCUUUCACCUUUACAAGGCAGAGGAUGGAUAAAUUCACAGCUGAGGAGCAAGAGAUUCUCCUUGAGGUUAAGCCUAUCAUGCAAAAUAUCAGAAGGAUAAUGCAUCAAUCAGGGUUGAAUGAUGGCGAUCCACUAACUCCUGAUGACAAAGCGUAUAUUGUUGAGAAUGGUGUCAUUUAUCAUCCGGAUAAAGCCUCAAAAAUUGGAAUGAGUUGAUUACCUUGUGAUUAUCAAGCACAGUAAUUUCCAGGACACUAGAUGCUUCUACGCGGUGUCAACAGAUGGUACCAAACAAUUUAUUUCCUACCUUAAAUGCCUGGAAAACUUAGUGAAGGCCAAGUUCCCGGAUAAAGCUGAAACCUUCUACCAGAAGUAUUUCUAUGUAAAACCUCCCCCUCCUUGCCUCGUCACCCGGUUGGAAACAACAAGAAAAUAGUGGUGGGGGUGCCACUCCAGAAGCUGGAACUGAAGAACCCAAACAACGAGAGCCUUUUAGUAGGCUCUUAGGGAGUGUUUGCAAAUGCUUCUCCUUAAAAAAACACUUUUUUGAAGUGAUUUUGGAAAAGUGAUUAGUACUAAAAGUUGAUAGUGUUUGAGAAAAAAGUGAUUUUAAAAAGUAAAAGUUAGUAGUGUUUGGUAAAAUAAGUGUUUUUUGUGUAAUAGAAAAAGUAAAAAGCACUUUUAACACAAAAGCCGAGAAACGCUUUUUUACUAAAGUUAAAAAAUGUAUUCAUUAUUUACGAAAUAAUCUAUUUAUUAGAGUAAGAUAAAUCAAACUUAAUUAACAAAGGUUCCACAUGCCAUCACAACGGCUAGCUAUAUUGUUAGAGUUUCGGAUGCAAAACAUAAGAAUUAACAACGAACAACAAAUACUAAACGAUUGCAAAUAACAAAACACUGAAUUAGUACAAUUCUACUAUGAUUGACAUGAAAUCUUAUUCAAUAUGAAAUAGUGCGUAACAUUUGAAUAUAAUUAAAAAAAGAACACAACACAUAUUCAUUGUUGGUAUGAAUGGGUUGGUUUGCAACUACUUUUAAAAAAGUACUUCCCAAACACUAACUUUUAUUUUUCUCGGCUUCCGCGUCAAAAGUGCUUUUACUUUUUCUAUUACACAAAAAGCACUUAUUUUACCAAACACUACCCACUUUUACUUUUCAAAAUCACUUUUUUCUCAAACACUAUCAACUUUUAUUUAAUCACUUCUCCCCAUUUCAUUAAAAAAAACACCUUUUUA